AUGCAACAACGAGAUGAUGAACGUUUAAUUACCUCGCCAUCCAAUGAUCUGGCUCACCAUACAUCAUCAUCAAGUAUUCAACAUGAUGAAGAGAUGUGUACCUUAUUCUUUUUCCUUGGAUUUUUGAUGAAUAUUGUUUGGAUUGUGAAUUUUGUAAAGUAUCGUAAUUCGGAUAGUCCAACAUGUAAAAAGUUGGCACUUGCUAGUAUAAUAUUAUUCGGGGUGAGCAGUGUGAUUGCUUUUGGAUUGGUUGCAUUUGGACUGUAUGUUGUCUUGACAUGGAAUCCAAGAGUCAUUGCUUAA